UUGUAGCAAGACAUUUUUCUGCAUUUUACUUACAGAAUUUGAGAUUUAUUUUACAGAGCUACAUUUUGAGAAUGUUAGUUUGUGAUCGUAUUUCGUCAAAAUGUCAUAAAAGUUUGGCAGAUAAAAUAAAAAAUGUACAAACACGAGCUAUCUAAAGUUCCUGCAAAUUUAGACAGUACCGAACCAAAGACUCUAAACAAAACACAUGUUGAAUCCAUGUUUAUUGAAUUUCCUGAAAUUUUGUCAACCGAUAAUGAGAGUGACUUCAGCAGUGGCAUAACUGACGUUUUCGAAGAGUACCACAAGGAGAGCUUCUUAAGACCUCUCCCAGGAACCAAAACGAAGUACCUCAGCAAAUUAGAAGCUGACAAAAAGACUUUAGAUGAGUUUACUGAUGAUUUCAAAAGGACUAUGAGAAAAUUGAGAGACGAACUUGAAUUAAACGAUGAUAUAACUGUCGAAAAUGAAGAUGAUAUUGAAAAAACACUGAAUGGUGAUGAAAAGAACGUGUUUUUUAAAGAAUCUAGAAAAAUUGAAGUGGAAGAACCAAUUCCGGUGGAUACAGAGGUGUGUCAAAGCGAAACUACUUCAAAUUCGGCGAUUUGGAACAUGAUCAAAGCUCAUAGAGGUCCAUACUUUUAUGCUAGCCCACCCCAUUAUGAUAUUUUCUGCACGGAACCAGAAGAUCAUUAUUUGAGAAGGCCUGAAAUUCCUUGGAAGAAAGUUGAUGAGUCGAGGAAGAAAUGCGAACAGUGGUUGGAACAACGAUGCCAAUAAUACAUCAUAUACUGUGUGUUUUUUAAUGAUGACGAUGUUUAUAUCAUUUCUUUCUCCCUUUAUUGUGUUAUUGUAAUCUUCUUUUAAGUAUAA